UACCAAAACUAUAAUCUACAAAUCAAAGCCAAAUUAAAGAAAGAAAGCAAAAAUGCCUUGUGCAAUAGCAUUAACAAACUCUCCAAUCUUCUCACCAUCACAACAAACACCAAAACUACUUUCACCAUAUUUCUGUAAACCAUCGUCUGUAUCAUCACCAGCAAAUCACAAGUCCUUUUAUGUGUCAUCAUCUUUAUUAUCUCCUUCACCAAAAUCACCUCUAUCGCCGUUGACUUACAACAGAAAUCUCAGAGAAGAGGAGGAGAAGGAGGAGGCGGUGUGUUCCACGUCAUCAUCGUCGACGAUUUUGAAGAGGAAAAGACCGGCGAGGAUCACGAUUCCGAUUGGCUCGUUGAGUUUAGAACACGCGCCGAGGGAAGAGAGUGGUCAAAUGGAUGAAGUGGAAGUUGAAGAAGAAGGGUACUCUGUUUUUUGUAAGAGAGGGAAGAAGAGGGGUGAUAUGGAGGAUCGCUAUUCGGCCGUAAUUGAUCAUGCUAAGGAUGGCUCUAAACAGGCCAUUUUUGGUGUAUUUGAUGGGCAUGGAGGAGCAAAAGCUGCCGAGUUCGCAGCAAAGAAUUUGGGCAGGAACAUUAUAAAUGAAGUAGCGUUAAGGAGUGAAGACGGACUUGAAGAGGCAGUGAGAGAGGGUUACCUUUCUACAGAGACAGACUUCCUAAAGCUAAAUACAAAUGGAGGGAGUUGUUGUGUUACAGCACUGAUACAAAAUGGACAACUUAUUGUAUCAAAUGCCGGCGAUUGUCGCGCUGUAAUGAGCAGAGGAGGCGUAGCAGAGGCGCUCACAGUCGAUCACCGGCCUUCUAGGCAAGAUGAAAUGGAAAGAAUUCAGAGUCUGGGUGGUUAUGUAGAUUGUUGCCGGGGUGUGUGGAGAAUUCAAGGAUCUCUAGCUGUAUCAAGAGGAAUAGGAGAUUCUCAUCUUAAAAGAUGGGUAAUAGCUGAACCGGAGACAAAAAUAUUGACUAUUGAACCAGAAUGUGAAUUCUUGAUCCUUGCCUCUGAUGGACUUUGGGAAAAGGUUACUAAUCAGGAGGCGGUGGAGGUAGCGCGACCUUUGUGCAUAGGUGUUGAUAACGUACAACGAUUAUCUGCUUGUAAAAAGCUUAUUGAUUUGGCAGUAAUGAGAGGAUCCUCUGAUGAUAUAAGCGCAAUGAUCAUUCAGCUAAGUCAAUUUGUUCAAUAAACCAAUGCUAGGAAGAAUUAAUCUGCUUAAAUGAUGAACUUGUUGGUGUUCAGAUUUUGGUCACUUGCGCAAAAUGGAAGUUCACAGGCUAAAUCAUUAGGGGUUUUCAGUCUUAAUCAAGCUUAACAGGACAAUUAUUAGUGUCAUAUGUAAUUUACUGGAUAACUACAAGUGUGAAGGUGUUAGAAUUGCAGGGCAAUUCUUGAUGUUCAUAUGUGUGUUAUCUAAAUUUCUUGGAUCACUCAUAGCCAAAUUCAAUUUGGAUAGGUUUAACAUGUUACUUUUAAGACAUUUUAUUUUUUGUAAGCAAAUUAUUUAGGCUAUAGAAGGCAUGAUUUUCCUGUA